GCGGUGAGCGGAGGCAGGCAGAACAGAACAGAACACUGGCAGAAGCAGCCAAGUAGUCGCGGAACCUGCUGCGUGGUCGGGAGUCUCGCGGGACGGCGGGUAUCGUCGUGCCGCGUCGCGAAGCAAGCGUUCCGUCGUCGUCCUCUCCACGGACUCCACACGCUCCAUCACUCUUUGAGAGAGCGUCGUCGGGGUCACAUACGCGGCAAAGGUUCACGUACACGAGUGCGCGCGAGACCGAGGGAGGCCGUGCGGAGAGAUGCCGGAUGCGCUUUGACUGCCCGUACGCCGCCGUGGUCGCCGCAGCCGUAGCCGCAGUCGCUUCCUGAGGCGAGUCGUCCCCCCCGGCCGGAGAUCGUCGGCCCCCGGGAUCCCAGGACGCGAAUGCGCGCUCCUCCUCGCGGUGCCGUCCUCGCGCGAGGAUCGCACGCGUCGUCCUUCGUCCUCCCGGGUGCGCCGAUAUGCUGACGCUGCAGCAUCCAACAGAGGAGACAACAGCUCGAAAAUGGGGCCGAGACGACGGCGUAACAAACUGAGCGGGACGUUCACCAUCAGGCAAUCAGCUUAGAUCCCGUGAAAGAAGAUGACGGCUGCCAUGGCCCGGCUGCCCUGCAAGCAAUCGUCUUCGCCCUCGCAGCAGACGCGAAUGAAUUUCGGGAACCCCCGGAACCCGUACUGGGACAUGCAGCAGGCCCGGCAUCCCGCGCCGCCGUACGUCAGAAAUCAUCAUCGGCACAUCGACCAUACAGGGAAGCGGAAGAGCGCCGUGGAGCUGCUGCAGGAGACGAAAGCCUUCUACGUGAAGAGCGAGACCGUGCUGGACCGGAAGCAGGAGCUGAAGAACAGCGGCCACUUGCAGGUCUCGCAGCUGAGCGCGCCCGGCGCACCGCCGCCGAGAUUGCUGCGGAAAUGCACCGGCAACUCGUCCGCCUGCCCUAUGCAGCCGACGUCGCCGUCGCAGUUGCAACCGACUCCCAUGACGCCGCCCUGCUGCUGGGUUUCGUGUCACGAACAGGACAGACUAGACGGUAUUCUGAGUCCUCAACAAACACUGCCACCCGCGCUGCCACCGAAGAGUCCACGUUUGGUUCCGGUUCCCCAAAGACGGACGAUUUCGGGGCCCCCGAGCGGUACCGGGGGCGAGCUGCAAACAAAGCUGCGUCGACUGCUGAACACCGACAGCAAGGAGAACAUGUUCUUUCCGGACAGUCCGCCGCAGAGUACGGCGCAGAGCAACGGGCUGCCGACGCGAGAGGAGAAAUUCCGAUACUCGCCCGGAAGUCUCUCGCCCGGCUGUCGGGACGAGGAUCGCGUCCUGCAUUGCGCGCCUCAAGACGUUCGCUUCAAGUUCGGCAGAAGCAACUCGCACUCGCACACUUCCGGUAGGUCCGGUCGGAAGUCGAACAGCUCCCCGUCGGUGGAAAAUACGAUAUGCCACAAGUCGCUGCCGGAUCUUCACACGAGCACGCGUCGCCGAGCGUCCCUCUCGCCGCGCGCAUCCACGAAAGUAGCCGCGAAGCCGACCGCUCAUCACCAAGCUACGAUCACGAGCAAUUGUCCGGACUAUGAAACUAGCUCGGACUAUUCGGACCACAGUUUUAAACGCGACGCCGUUUGUUAUCGCAGUUCUCGCCAUAUCAGGCGAUCUUUGGGAUCCGGUGGUGGCGAUGCGAGCAGCGUGUUAUCCUCGGGCGGACGAACGCAAAAGUCGUCGGGUUCCAGCAAGUUGAGCCACGGUGCGACAGCUAGAGACUCCGGCGGUUCCUCUGGACACUGUACUCAUCGUAGCGAACCAGCACCUAGGAUACAGGAUUGCUGGGCUCACAUACGCAGAGACAGUGGCGCGUCCACGCAACAUUCUACCGAGAAAGAUAGAUCGAGGAAAGGUAGCUACAUCGGCGGGACACCGCCGUCCGUUGUGAGACACUACAGCCCGGAUUCUGAAAGUACCAAUAGUCAAACGGACUACAGCCCGACUUGUAACUCAAGGUUCUCCGACGGUUGGAAGGAAGGUCGCGGUCGACCGAUCCUACGAUCGAAAUCAGACAUCAGCGAUCGAUAUUGGCGUCAGGAUAACGGCCGUUCCAGCAAAGUAUCCUCCCGCCCGCCGCGAUCGAUGACUCAGCUCGAGAACUUCUUCGACCGUUUAGGACUGGACUCGGAUAACUAUCAGCGUAUAACGGAACCUGAGUCCAAGUCGUCGUCGCCCGUAUUCUUCGACAGCGUCAGCUCCGUGGAUUCGGCGUUGGGUCUCUACUCCUGGGUCGGCACUAAUCAGACGAACCAGGGUAGCCAGUGGCAAAACAACUGUAGUAUCGGCAUGGGUAACGACGAGUCUAACCAAAGGGUAAACGAUCCGCCGAGUAUCGUCGAGCGAAACGCACGUAUUAUCAAAUGGCUUUGCCAAUGCCGCAAAGUGCAGUUAGGAUACAGUUAAACAACGAUUUUCUCAGCGUGACUAAAUCCUUCAUUUCCAAUGACAGUACAUUCAAAUCAACGAUGUGGUAGUGUUUGCCAUUCUACAAACGAUACAUAAUAAGAUAUAUCAGACACUCCGCAGAAAUUCUGAAUUUAUAUGUUUCUCAUAAAUGUGGAAUUGAUUGUCAACCUUUCCUCUUCCUUUUUACAACUAUAAUAUUUAAUAAUCAUUUAAGGAUUUUUAUUAAUCCUGUAUUAGCUGUUCGUAAGAUUAAUAUCGUUUUAAUUUAUUACGAUAACAAUAGACAAAACUGUGCCAUUUAUAAUCACUUGUUACGGUUCUAUACGGUUCUGUGCCUUUUAUUGUCGUUACAUAUUCAGGGUAAAGAAAAAAAGUCUUAAAAAACGUCUUUACGUGAUAUUGCGUUAAUUCGUAUAUUAAAAUUUAUAUAGACAAUUUUAAUGUUUAAUAUUUUUGAAGGCACACACAUUAAAAAAUUUGCUUACAUUUAAUACUAUUCUCGGACACAAAUUUAUUACUAUAUUUUAAUAUCAUUAAUUUUGUAAUAAGUCUACGAUAUGUUGAGCGAAUAUUUUUCCUAUUUAGCAAAGCAAUACUAGAUUAUUACAAGACUAUUAGUAAAGUUGUAUGUAAGGUACGUGGAAUUUAUUACAUUUUGAUGUAAAGUUGUAUAAAUUUAGCGAUGCGUGUUUCUCAUUUUCAAUCUUGAGAAUGAUUAGUUGAUUUGUAGUGAGAAAGUACUCAGACGAAAGAUAUUUACCUCGACUUUAUGAAAACUUAUAGAUCUAAUUUCAUAAAAAAA